AUAUUUCUUUCAUUUUCAGUUUUUAAAAUUAUGACUAAAAAUAUCACAGCACAUGAAGAUACUCUGUAUUUGGAUGGAGAAUAUACAGAACAUGGACAAUGUUUCAAGGCAGAAACACAAUCUAUACUUUUAUUAUCCUCAUAUUGUUCUAAAAUUCAACUAAGUCUUGUUUUGGUGACGAAAGCGUGCUUGAAUAAAGGACAAUUAAAGAACGGAAUUCAAGUGCCUGGUGAUAGUUUUUCUUCCAUUGAAAAUAAACUUGAUCACGAGAUUCCAAGCUGCGUUAGAGAUUGUAGGCUACCUGCAGUAUGCUCUUCUAAUCAAACAAAUAUAUAUUCCGGCCUCUGCACAGUUUUGAGAUUUGUGUUGAAAAGAUCGGCUAAUAUGUCAGCAGAUGUGGGCAACAAAUCCGAACUGCUAUCGCUACUUGGUCAUCGACUGUAUUGCCUCAAAGCAUGUUCAGAAGUUAGUCCAAGAACAAAAAUGUGUGAAAUUCACAUGCCUUUGAUUGUUAAUAAUGCUCUGUCGGACACAGAAAGAAACAAUGAAAUUGAUAUCCCAGAAGGCAUUGUUUUAUUCGAAAAUUUAAUGAAGCAGCCUGUGGUUAUUCAUAAUAUGGACAAAAGACAACGAGUUCUGCUUCAAAAACUGGAUAAAAGUGUUGGUAACGAGCCAAUCAAAGAUAGUUUAAUUUCCAAGAAAGAAAAACAAGUGGUUUGGACAAAAGACUUGCCACAAUUGGAACAUGUUUUUGCUGAAGGAGUCGAUUUCUCAAUAUCAGACAUUUGCGUUUUUCCAUGCGUUCAUUACUUCUUAAAAACCACAAAUAUUUCUUUGAUAAAAGAUAAAAUUCCGGGAAUAUUAAAAUGGUACAAGAGAAUGAAAUUACUACCAAGGUUAAAAACUGCUCUGUUCAAAUGUGGUGAGAGUUUUAUACAGUUUGAGAACGAUUGCGGUGAAAUAUUGGACUCCCAUCCUGAGUCAAAUGGAACUGAAGUGAUAGAACUUGCAACUGGUGAAAAUUCAGAGACUAAAAAAGAUGGAAAGAAAAGAAUUGAAAUGACAAUUCGUCGUGAUCUACCAGCUUUGCUACAAAAAUUAAAUUCAUAUAAUAUAGCUGUUGAGUUUUCUAAAUUUAAUCAAGAUGAGAUAUUAUUAGAAUGGAAAUCUUUUCCCAAAGAAUUACAUCCAAUUGAGGGUGAACUAUCAUCUUUGAGAGCUAUGAGAAAAUGUCAUCAGAUCGAAAACUUGGCUCAUGUUGUUAAAAAUAUUGCCAAAGAAGGAGAUCGAAUUGUGGAUUUCUGUAGUGGCGGUGGACAUGUUGGAAUAGUAUUGGCUCAUUUGCUUCCAAACUGCAAAAUAAUUUUGGUUGAAAAUAAAGAAGAAUCUUUGGACAGAGCCAGAGCUAGAAUAUCCGCUUUAAAACUAAAUAAUAUUACAAUUUAUCAGUGCAAUCUUGAAUAUUUCAGGGGUUCUUUUGAAAUUGGAGUCGCUCUUCAUGCAUGUGGUGUUGCAAGUGAUAUGGUUGUACAAACAUGCAUAUCAAGAAAAGCAUCUUUUGUAAUUAGUCCAUGCUGUUACGGAAAAGUCAGAAAUUGUCACUGGAUAAAUUAUCCACAAAGUAAAUUAUUCCGAAGAAUUCCAGUUUUGUUUGAGGAAAGUUUAUUGCUUGGACAUGCUGCAGACAAAACAUCCUGGAAUUUUGAAAAUAAACAUGCCGUUGAAGGCAAGCUCUGUAUGGGACUAGUUGAUGUCGAUAGAAUGAAUGCAGCGAAAGAACACGGCUAUAACGCGGAGCUAUAUACUAUGCAACCCCACAAUUGCUCCCCAAAAAAUAACAUGUUGGUCGGAAUAGCACCAGCAUUAUAAUGUGUAUUGUUUUUAUUAGUGUGCAGCGAAUUUGCAAACAAAUUUAAUACAAUUGUUUUUAUAAACUUGCAGCGAAUUUGUGCAAAGGAUUUUUAGUUG